AUGGUCGAUUUCAAUGUUGACGGUAAGAUCGCCGUUGUCACCGGAGGAACUCGUGGGUUGGGUAUGCACUGUGCCGAAGCUCUAGUCGAAAAUGGAGCAAAGACGGUGGUUGUUACGUCGAGAAAAGCCAAGGCUUGUGAAGAUGCCAAAACACACCUAGAAGAAGUGGCUAAAAAAAACGGCAAACUGGUCAAGAUCAUUGCCAUCCCCGCGGAUUUAUCAGAUGAGGCCCAGUGCGAGAAAUUCUAUGAAGAGGUUGCUGAGCAAGUUGAUAAAGUCGACAUCUUGAUUGCCAAUGCCGGAGCCACUUGGGGCGCUCCAUUGGAAGACCACGACAUCAAGGCCAUCAAAAAGGUGAUCAAUCUAAACAUUGUUGCCGUUUUCCACACCAUCAAAUUGUUUACUCCACUAUUGGAAAAAGCCGCCACAAACGAAGACCCUUCCAGAAUCAUCAUCAUGUCCUCGAUCAUCAGUGUCUUGAACAACGAUGCCGUGGGAACCUACGGCUACUUGGCCUCGAAAGCAGCUGUGUCCCACUUGGGUAGAAACUUGGCCGUUCAAUUUGCCCCAAGACACAUCAAUGUCAACAAUAUCUUGCCAGGCUUUUUCCCAACAAAGAUGGCUCAGGGUUUAAUCGACAUGGGAGGCCAAUUGCUUAGAGAAACUAACCCCAGAGGUAGAUUGGGCGAAAAGGAAGAUUUGCAAGCUGCCUUGUUGUUCCUCUGCUCGAAACAGGCCAACUAUAUAAACGGAGUCGAUUUACCGGUUGAUGGCGGUGCUCGUUUGAACAGCCCCGCUUCUCACUUUUAG